AUGGAGUUCUCACAGUUGCUGAUAUCAUCAGAAGCUUGGUCUGAAAAGAGUGGAUCAAAAUUCAAAGUUUUAUCCUCUGACGAAGAAGAGAAAAAAGUCGUAUUCCACGUACCCGACACUGAUAUAGUUUUCCACUUGUCAAUAUGUGACGAUAAGACAAAAUUGUUGGUAUGGAGUAACAAUGACAGUGUUCUGCCUUAUUUACAUGAUGUGCUGGAGCCAGCAGAGAUGGGUAAACCUGUCAAAGAUGUUCUUGAUAUGGUUGACAAAUGUCUUAAAUCAUUGGUGACAGCAGCCUUGAAUAAUGAUGGCAGUGAUGAUGAUGAAGGAUGUGGAUCAGAUGAAAAUGAUGAUUAUGAUACUUACUAUGGCAAUGACGAUUUAGAUGCUGAUGAAAAGGAGGUACCAAAAGAAAAAGAACCAAAUGCCAGCAGUGAGGACGAAGAUGAGGACAACUUUUUUGGUGCCCAGGGAACACCAGCAGCAGUGCAGAGGCUCCUCAGAGAUUUGAAAGGAAUGAAAGAGUCCCACAAGUUUGGAAUAGAAGGACGACCAAGGGGAGAUAAUCUGUUUAUUUGGGAUGUGAAACUGAAAGAUUUCCCCCUAGAAUCAAAGUUAGGCAGAGAUCUCCAGAUCUUUGCUGAUAAAUUCAAGAAAGAGCCUGCUGUCUACGUUGAGAUGCAUUUUCCAGGAGAAUAUCCAAUGAAACCUCCAUUUGUUAGAAUUUUGCGGCCAAGAUUUAAAUUUUUAACAGGUCAUGUGACCAUAGGUGGUAGCAUCUGCAUGCAAAUGUUGACGAAUUCUGGGUGGACACCAACUAACGAUAUUGAGGCAAUCCUGGUCCAGAUUCGAUCCGAGAUUAUGAGUGACCCGAAUGCCCAACUGGAGAGAAAUGAUUCAGAUCGUCCCUAUGAGGAACAGGAAGCGAGAGAUGCAUUCACACGUAUGGUAAAAAGAUACGGAUGGUGA